GCCCGUUGUGCUCCCCCACGACGGCGCCGGUUUAUUCUUCUCAUUUUGGCGACUCAAAAUUCUUCCAUCAAUCCCCUUCUGAAACUCCACUUUUUAAAAAUGUUUCUCCAGAGUUGAACACAAAUGCGCGAUGGAAGCCGCUGGAGCUCCUUCGUUUCGCUGCAUCCUCAGGCGGCGGGUUUGACUCCUGGUCCUGGUUGGGUCCUGGCUGGUGGCGCGGGGGCCGAUGGGGCCUGCCCAAUAUGUUGCCGUGGAGCCGGAGCCGGAGCCGCCGGCGCCGGGAGAGCGGAGCGGGGCUGUGCUGCUGGUCGCCGGGGGGCUAGAGCGCAGCGCCGCCGCCGCCAACUACAUGGAGAGGGCCCAGAGCGAACGGUUGCGGCUGCUCCUCUGCUUUGUGGCGGUCUUCGUCUGUUACUUUUACUACGGGAUCUUGCAGGAGACGAUAACCAGAAGCAAAUAUGGAGAGCAGCAAGAAUCAUUCGUGUAUGCAAAAUCACUUGUGUUUGUCCAGUGUAUCAUUAAUGCUAUUUUUGCCAAACUAAUGAUACAAUUAUUUGAAAAGGCAUCAGUUGAACGAACACCACACUGGCUGUAUUCGGUUUGUUCAAUGUCUUAUUUAGGGGCCAUGGUCUCUAGUAAUUCUGCACUCCAGUAUGUCAACUAUCCAACACAGGUUCUAGGAAAAUCAUGCAAGCCUAUUCCAGUGAUGGUUUUAGGAGUCCUUAUUGGAAGGAAAAGGUACCCAUUGGCCAAGUAUCUUUGUGUGUUGCUCAUAGUUCUGGGAGUGGCUUUAUUUAUGUAUAAACCCAAUAAAGGGACGGACAGUGCAAAUGACCAUACCUUUGGAUUUGGGGAAAUACUAUUAUUGGUCUCCUUAACCUUGGAUGGAUUGACUGGAGUAGCACAAGAACACAUGAGAGCUAAUUUCCAGACUGGUUCAAACCAGAUGAUGCUGAAUAUUAAUGUUUGGUCUAGUUUGUUCCUGGGAAUAGGUGUGUUUUUUACUGGAGAAGUAUGGGAAUUUCUGAAUUUCACUGAGCGUCACCCCAGUAUUCUCUACAAGAUCUUUCUGUUUGGUUUAACCAGUGCUCUAGGCCAGAGUUUCAUCUUUAUGACGGUUGUUUACUUUGGACCUCUGACUUGUUCAAUCAUUACUACAACCAGAAAGUUCUUUACCAUCCUUGGUUCUGUGCUUAUUUUUGGUAAUCCCAUUAGCUCCUUGCAAUGGGUGGGCACAGUCUUUGUAUUCCUAGGUCUUGGUUUAGAUGCCAAAUAUGGAAAGGCACCCAAAAAAAUCAAUAAAUAUUGAAGAUUUACUCGAAGAUUUUCAUCUCCAAUAAUGCUGCCUGAACUUCACUGAAUUUUUUAAUUCCAUGAUCCAGCUGUAAUAUGGUUUAAAUGUUUAGGUUGUACGUUUUUUUUUAAAAACCCUUCCCCCCCCCCCUCCCCCCCCCCCCCCCUCCCCCCCCCCCCCCCCCCCCCAAGCUUUUUGUGUCCAUGUUUUUUCACGAAGCUGCACUUCAUGCAAUGCAAAACUUAAUUUGAGACUCUUAUUACAGUGCUAUCAACAGAGCCUUGGGGCUACUUAUUGUUCUGCAAAUUAUUUGAAAAUAAUGGAUUUCUAAAAUGUUGUUAAUUUUUGAAGUGCAAAAAAACAGAUGCUGGAAAUCUGAAGUUAAAAACAGAAAAUGCUAGAAAUAGUCAAUAGGUGAGGCAGUAUCUAUGGAGAGAGAAAUGGAUAGUUUCAGAUCAAUAACUUGAUAAGAGGUCAUUGACCUGAAAUAUUAUUUGUUUCUCUUUUAAUGGAUGCUACUGAAUCGGCUAUGCAUUUUCAGCACUUUCUGUUUUUAUUUCUUGUCUUUGUAUUGUUUGCAAAUAUAGUCCCCUUUCAAUCACUUUGCAUAGAUGAGUUUUUGUAUGGGUAGCCAUAUUUUUAAUUGUCCAUUAAAAAAAAGUCAGAAACCUG